ACUGUGUCGUUCUCGCCUUCUUGGUCCUCACCAAUCGCCUUCCUGCUUUCUCAAACCGGCGCCAUUCACGCCAAGAUCUAAUCGGCAAUCACCAUCUCUGUUCCGGCGUCACCAAUCGGCAAUCACCAGGUCUUUCAGACUGUCUCUUAAAUAUGGCUGAUCAAGACACCAUGGUUACCCAAUCUUCUACUGCUGUGGGCUACAAAUCUGCUGAUUGUAACGAUGCUUCAAAUGUUUCUGGUAUGGAGAGUGCUGAUAAUCAUGCAGUACAUGAUACCGCUGUAGGUACUGAACAUUUAGGGCCACAUACUGCUAUUGGAGAUUCCAUUUCAUCAGCAUCCCCUGGGGACUCAACUCAAGGUUCUGCAGUUGCUGCUGCUAAUCUUACGGAUUCAACUCAGCAGGAAAUCCCUACAGUUCUGACCUAUGAUGCAGUUAAGGAUGUUGCGGGGCAAGGAGACUCAUCUCAAGAUACAAUGUAUGCUGCUUCUAUAAAUGAAAAUAAUAGCGAGGCAAGGGACAUAGCAUUCACCAGCAUCACUGAAAAUGGAAUCCUAUCGGACAGUAUUCAUAAUUCUGCCACAAUGCAUCAGCCGGUGGUGGAUGAUUCUGCAUUAUCUCCCGAAGAAGAACGAUUAUGGAACAUUGUGAGAGCGAAUUCUCUAGAUUUUGGUGCUUGGACUGCCCUUAUAGAGGAAACUGAGAAAAUUCCAGAGGGGAACAUUUUGAAGAUUCGAAAAGUUUAUGAUGCAUUUUUGGCAGAGUUUCCUUUGUGUUAUGGUUACUGGAAGAAGUAUGCAGAUCAUGAGGCUCGCAUUGGCUCCAUGGAUAAAGUUGUUGAGGUCUAUGAGCGAGCAGUUCAAGGAGUGACGUAUUCUGUUGACAUGUGGUUGCACUACUGUGUAUUUGCUAUAAAUACAUAUGGAGACCCUGAAACAAUUCGAAGCAUACUUGCAACUGUGCAACAGCUGUUUCACAUAUGGCGUAAAGGUUUGUUGGGAAUGCACAACAGUGCUAACUUGUGAUUCUUUGGCCACACUAUCUGGUAGCUGUCUGAAUUUAUUUAGGGUUUGAUUCAAUUAUGGCAUUAUCUCCCCCCUUAUAUUUUUCAUUCUCAUUAGGGCUGUGUCAUAGUCCAUGUAGUUCUCCUUGAUUUUUUGAUGUUUUUAACGCACAUGAGGUGCAUCAAUAUACAAUUGCUGCCGAGAAGAUCCAUCCAAAAAGGCUAAGAUGAUCUAUGAGUGAUCUUUCACAGACAUGGUAUGAUAGUGUCGUGGAAGGUAAAUGCAGCAUAUUUGUGUUUAAGUUUGGGAACAUAAAGCCCAUCGAGUGAAUAAAUGCUUCUUUGUUAG